AUGUAUCCUCGCGAAAUUACAACCACUCCUAUUUGGAUUCGUCACAAACUGCCGUUAUGUGCUCCCCCACCACCAAAUGGAGACGAAGCAUUACGAAACCAAAUCAGAUUCCAGAACGUACAAUGUUCCGAAGAAGUGAUAGAAUAUUAUGUUCGACAAGAACGUGCUCGUCUUGAUCUCAAGUGGUGUCUCGAUCAAUUCUUUGGCUGGAAUGUUUCUCAUCCAUCGUUGGGGCAGCUUGUCACAGCAAAUAUUUUUGGAACUGUUCAUAUGGCUUAUAUUAUUGGUUUUGAGCAAGCAAAUGUUGUGGUUUCACCGGCUAACAUGUCUGUAAAUUCUGUGGUUAUUGGACGCGAUGAUAUCUAUUCUGCAGAAGACAGUUCAUUCUAUGAAACAUUUUUACUUAAUCAUUAUCUUCUUCAUCCGCAACAUGUACUUGAUUAUAUAGCAAAUCAGACACAUAAAGAUGCAUUAACAGAAUUCCGUCACGAUGUUUCGUUUAGUUCAACUUUACAUGAACCUAUUGGUGAAUCUUUCGACAUUGAGUGGUCUGAAGGCGAAGAAAUCUGGUUAACUCAUGAUGAACUUCCACAGCGUAAUCAGUUUGUUACAUAUGAAAACGACAUCGUGCUACCGGAUUUGGCAUUCAAAAUUUUUGAAAACCCGCUCCAAGAAAAAUCUUCUGUUUCGGAUCAUGCCUCAUCAGCACUCGCUCACCAGACAAGUGAGAUAAUCUUUUUAUCGCAGCCAAAUAUCGCCGAAUCUGGUAUACUGUUCAAAUCAAUCAAAUCAUUUAACGAUGAAGUAGCAAGACAACCGGUUACUCCCGAUUUUCAUUCUGAAUUUAUCCAAAACGAAACUACAAUCUCUUCAUCCAUGCCGAAGAAAACAUUUUCAGAAGAUUCUUUUAACUCGAAUCUUAUUCAAUUAGUCUCACUUGAUAUCAGUUUUCUUACUUUCCUAUUUAUUAGUAUGAUAUUUGGAAAUCUCGUUCCUUGUCUUAUUCUUGAUCAUUAUCAAAAAUCCUUAUCUUUAAUUAACAAUAUGGGCUUUCAUCGCAAGAAUCACUUUGAAUGGUUUAGAACUUUAGCUGUACCCUAGUAUGACAAGCUAAUAAUCGGCAGCAGGUGAAAAAAAAAUGUUUCUCCCUGCACAAAUGGAAUGGACCACUGGAAUUUCUAUACUAAAUCUACAUAAACUAUUCGUACAUCUUCACUGGCAUUAGUACCCGCUUAUCUUUGUUAUUGGAAUUUCGAUAAAUAUCUAACAAACAUGCCUCUUCGCUCAAUUCUUUUACAUUUUCUCUCACCUCUUAUCGUAUACAUUUCAUUAUUAUACUUUUCUUUCGUACAUGCAAAAUGUUCGAUAUGGCACAUUUGUUCAUUUUACAUAAUUUACAAGGCACGCUGAAUAUUUGAAUACCCUUCCAUACCAUUUACUCAUUCGUUUCGUCAAGUUUUUUUUUCGAUGUCCUUUUAUGAACAUUUACACACGUCUAUUACAACAGCGCUCUUCGUGGGUCUAUUUGACGUUCUGCUUCGCCUUCGUGAACCCCUUUUUUUUCUUUUCUUUUUAUUCUAUACAAUUCUUGUGACCGGGGGAGGUGUUAUGUCAGGAGAUGUCUCUCCUGAAAUAAGGAAGCUCCAUGUAUUCUCUUGUGACGUUAUCACUGUACAUCAAUGGUAUUUCUACUCUUCUUUCUCAAUGGUACUUUCAUCAUGGAUAAAGAAAGAUAAAAGAAUGGAAUAAGAGACAGAGAGAAUCACAUUCUUUGCUGCUUUUUGUUUUUUGAUUCAUUCACUUGUUUUUGUUUUUUAAAGAAAGGGUGAGAAUAAUAAAAUAAAAGGAGUAAAGGCCUAACAAUACUAUUUUAAGAAUCAUCAGUAAAAGUUUUAAUUAACAUGCAGAGUAGCACAUCUUUUUUUGUCAUUCAUAUUGAAUGGAAAUAAAAUCAAGUUCAUUGAUUAGAAUUGAUUGUCAAAUGAUGUUUUUCCUCGUGUUCAUUGUCUAACAGAAGAUCGAAAAAAUAUCAAUUAAAAGCCAGUAGAUCUAUGCUUUUUUUUCAUAACAUUCAAUUUACUCUUGUUGAACAGAUAGACUGAUAUUCAACAAAUAGAUGCUGGUAUCACUAAUGUGUACGAGUUAAUUUUAGCCCACUUUUUGUUUUUGCAAUAUCUUGGAAGUGGAUGUGGCUGCAGGUGUUGAUAUGAGCGUAGAUUUUCUCGUCAUCGAUACUCAUAUUCAUAUCGCUUGACAAUGUUGCAGGCUGUCGAAAAUAAUGGCCAUUAUAUUGCUGAUUGAUGUUGCAUAUUUUUGUUGUAAAAUAAAUUUGGUGGUGAACAAAAAAACUUGCGAAACUUAUGUUACAACCCAAUACGUUUUGAGAGUGAACUACGCUGGAAAAAAGUGCUAUCGUUCGAAUUCAAAGCAAAGUUUCUGACUUUAGAAUCUAAAGACAUGACGAUGGAUUUUACUCAACGGUACAUAUUCUUGUUUAGAACUUUGUUCUUUGCCUGGCUAGCUAGUUUAAAAGGUCAAAAACUUUAGUUUUAGGGUCAGAAAUUUGGAAAAAUCAAAAUUAGCCUUGUUUUCCGAAAAUUUCUUUUGAGAAAACUGACCUAGAAGAUCCACCAUUUUCAACUUUCAAAUACAUCACCUUAUACAGUUUUUCACAUUCUUCCUUUUGGUGUAUAAUACAUCUGGGUUGAAAUGAGUUUGAAGGGAAAAAAUGAUGGUUUUCCAUUUUUCUCAUUGCUUUCCAGCAAAAACGAUUUUCGUAGGUAAAGAUAUGCUCAAAAGUUAAACAUUUCAUCAUCAUCAGAUAGCCUGUGAAAUUCUCUAUCAGAACGUGUGUAUUAAGUUUAUUGUUUUUUUGAAAAAUCAGUGUUUUUCAUCUAAUUUUGUCAAAUUUAGUCGCAGUUUCAUGAUUUUUUCAGAGAAUAUAGCACGCACUGUUGGCUACAUUUUGGUAAAAAAAUGAGUCCUCUCUCUGGUAAGAAAGACAAGAUAUUGUAUAUAAGAACCGUAUGUUCCAAAGUAAACAGUAGGCGAAUUCAUUUUUCGAAUUCUUAUUCACUAAAGUAUUGAUAAAUAAGCUGACAUUUUCACAUGCAUGGUCAUUAUGAAAUGAAUGUGUGCUGAAAAACUCACAGGAAUCAAUACUUGUAUCUUUGAGCAAGAGCACAUGUUGCUUUUUAAUAAUCAAUCAGUAUGUUAAACAAAUUCAUAUCCUCGAUAAGAAACAAUGAUUUAUCUUCAAACUCUGUAAUCUUAAUCAGUAUUGAGUGCCUUAGUAUUGAUAUAAAUUUGAGUCAUAUCAGAGCGUGUUUAGUUAAGAUUCGAAUAUAUUAGUACAAAAUUGCAGCAAAACU